AUGAGGCUUCAAUCUCAUCAUUUCAUUACCAUUUCUCUUUUCUUUCUCAUAACUUCAAACUUCACCCAAAAGGAACUUGUCACCGAAGGUAGAAAGACUUUGAACCAUAAUGAUUCUCACAAGACAUUAGGUGAUAAGAAGGUGAUGGUGAGGGCAAGAAUAGGUUCGAGACCGCCAAGAUGUGAGACAAGAUGCAGAUUCUGUGGACACUGUGAAGCUAUUCAAGUUCCUACAAAUCCUAGAACACUGAACAGAAACAUCAACCCUUCAACAUUAUCUGCAAGUUCUUAUGCCAAGAGACAAGAUAAUUCAAACUACAAACCAAUGAGUUGGAAAUGCAAAUGUGGCAACAUUAUUUUCAACCCUUGA